UCUGAUGGCGGUUGAAAUUUAAAAUUGUUGCGUCGUUAGAUGGUUGUUUGUGGAUUAGAAAGCGGUAUGGCUGCGUCACUUGUUGCUCAAUAUGAUGAUUUAAUAAGGUGCACUAAUGUGAUAACAGGAGGAGGCUGUGAGCCAGAGUUCAUCAAAUUUGUGUUAAACCAAGAAGAAUGUCGGAAACGAUGGCUGGCAUCGGAACAAGAAUGCAAACGUCUUCGCUUAGAAUUGGAAAAGCUGAACGCAGUGAAGGAGAACCUAGAGAUGAAUUUAAGCAUGGCACGCCGAAUUGUUGACAUGGAAAAGAAAAAGCGACGCCAAGCGGAAGAAGAGCGGGACUCAUUGGAGAAGCAGAUUGGUCUGGUGAGAGAGGUAGUAUUCAUAGAAAACAGAAUAAAUGAUGAAACAAAGGAAAGACUUGCAUUCUUAAAUAACACUGCCAGCCGCAGUCGUGUCAGCAUAGGGAGACAAGAUACUAACAUCCUUGAAGCACAGAGACUCAGUGCAAUAAAAGAAGACUGUGAUACUACAGGUUCGCUGCUAUCGGAUUUAAGUUACUCCCGGUCUGAAGAUGACCUUGAUGUGGACGUGGUCCGUACUAUUAGAUCUUGGAGAAAGCAUCGUCCUUCCAUAACUGUAGAUGAGGUGGAAGAUCAUGUGCCAAAGCGCCGUAGAAAAUCAAAUAGGGCUAUUGAGAUUGAUGGUGUGGAGGCAGGACCUGAUGAACACCUUGUUGCGACAACUACUUUCAAAAUGGCGCGUGAUGGUCCCAUAUCUGCAACUUCCAGAAUUGAGGCUGUACCAUCAUCUGAAACCAAAAGUUCAUUUUCAACACCAGUUGUGCCACCUCUAAAAAAUGUUGUAGCAUCAGCUCCACCAAAACCGACAGACUUGUCUUCUGAUACAGAUGAUUCAUUGACACCAAAAACCAGUCGCAAGCAAUCCAUACAACCGAGUCCUCAUGUUGGUGGAUUUAAUUUUGGUGCUGAUAAAAUUAUUAAUAACAGGCCUCAUGCAUUUUGCUCAAAGACAAUUAUUCGCCCAGAGAUGUGCGAACCUUGCAGUAAAAAAAUCAAAUUUGGUAAAAUAGCACUCAAGUGUCGUGACUGCAGAGGAGUUUGCCAUCUGACUUGUAAAGAUAAUCUUCCAUUGCCGUGUGUACCAGUUACGAACACACCUACAGGGAAAGGUUUUAUUGGCUCCAUUGCGGAUUUCGCGCCACCAACACCACCGAUGAUACCAGCUCUCAUUCUGCAUUGUGUGAAGGAAGUGGAAGCAAGGGGAUUGAAUGAAGUUGGACUCUACCGUGUUCCUGGUUCUGAUAGAGAUGUUCGAAUGCUAAGGGAGAAAUUCUUACGUGCACGAGGUGUCCCAAACCUUUCUGGGGUUGAAAUUCCUGUUAUCUGUGGGACAAUAAAGGAUUUUCUACGUUCAUUGAAGGAACCACUUGUAACCUACUCUCUGUGGCCAGAAUUUAUUCGGACUGUGGAUAUAAAAGAUCUCACAGAAAGAAACUCAGCAUUAUAUCAACUUAUUUCAGAAUUGCCACAGCCCAACAGAGAUACACUGGCAUUUAUGAUUCUGCACCUUCAAAAAGUGUCAGAGUGCCCAGAGUGCAAAAUGCCUGCAUCAAAUCUUGCCAAGGUAUUUGGUCCUACGUUAAUUGGUUUCUCUUCUCAAGAACCGGAACCAAUGGCAGUGAUGACAGAAUCAAAGCAGCUAGUUCCAGUUGUUGAAAAUUUGAUGAGUUUACCUUCAGAAUACUGGGCACAUUUUGUGAAUAAUAAUUCAACACCAAUUAGUUCUCGAUCUGACACACUUUUUGCUACACCGUCAGCUACAUCAUUAAAAUGGCAGCAUUCAGGUUCUUCAACAAGGAGGUUCUUUAAUACUCCACAUGGAGGCAACAGGCCAUUUGGAGGCAAAAAAUUCUUCACGGACUCGCCCAUGCAGAAGGAGUAGGAGGCAGAAGGAAUAUAGCUCCUUGUUCUGAAAUGUGUAACAAAGUGUACAAACUUUAAUUUUAAUGAAGUAAAUGUUAUUACACCAAACA